AUGUCUUCAGAUUUGACAAAUCCUGAUCCCGCCUGGAUGAACAAAGGCGAUCAAGCUUGGCAGUUGACUGCAGGUACACUGGUUGCGCUGCAAUCCAUUCCAGGUCUCGCUAUUCUCUACGCCGGCUUUGUGAAGAAAAAAUGGGCUAUCAAUUCCGCAUUCAUGGUCUUCUACGCCUUCUCCGCCACACUAAUCUGCUGGGUAAUCUGGGCCUACAAAAUGGGCUUUGGUACACAAUGGGGUGCAUUUCCCCUGGUCGGCGCCCCUGGUCCGGUGUUGACAAUGCAACAGAACCUCGCUCAAACCGAACUACCAGCUGCGGCACUCUCAACCAACUUUAAUCUGUCGACUAUGAUUUAUUUCCAGUUUGUGUUUGCGGCCAUCACGGUCAUUAUUCUGGGCGGCUCGUUGCUUGGUAGGAUUAAUAUUUUGGCUUGGAUGGUGUUUGUGCCGUUGUGGAUUACGUUUAGUUAUACCGUUGGUGCGUUUAGUAUUUGGGGAGGAGGCUUCUUGUAUCAGAUGGGGGUUCUCGAUUAUUCAGGCGGCUAUGUCAUUCACUUAAGCUCCGGCACGGCUGGAUUCACGGCUGCAUAUUGGCUCGGUCCACGUCUACAGCGAGAUCGUGACUCGUUCUACCCCAACAACAUCCUCCUCAUGUUAGUCGGUGCAGGCAUCCUAUGGGUAUGCUGGAACGGCUUCAAUGGCGGUGACCCCUACGCCGCCAGUCCCGAUGCCGGCGUUGCCGUGCUCAACACCAACAUCUGCACCGCCAUGAGCCUCUUAGUGUGGACAACGCUGGACUACAUCUUUUUCAAGAAACCGUCGGUCAUUGGUGCGGUGCAGGGUGAGAUCACGGGACUCGUCGCUAUUACUCCUGCGGCGGGCUUCGUGACUGGCUGGGGUGCUAUUGUCAUUGGCGCUUGUUCGGGAUCUAUUCCCUGGAUUUCGAUGAAUGUCCUUGGACGGCAGAAGUGGAUGAAACAGGUUGAUGACGUUAUGGGUACAGUGCAUACACAUAUGGUUGCCGGCUUCACCGGCGGGUUUCUAACUGGCAUAUUCGCGACAAGCGACGGGUGCGCAGCGUUUGGCCUCACGAAUCCCGGUGGCGCCAUUGAGGGAAACGGCAAACAAGUCUGGCUCCAGAUCGUGGGCGCACUAUUCAUCAUCGGCCUGAACUUGUUCAUGACCAGCGUUAUCUGUCUGUUUAUCAAAUACGUCUUACGGAUCCCGCUGCGCAUGUCGGAUGAGCAUCUCAUGGUUGGCGAUGACGCUGUGCACGGUGAGGAGGCGUAUGCUCUCUUUUUCGAAGGAGAGAGGAGUCAUAUCAGUCUGCAUGGGUUGGAGAGUGGACAUAUUACUGAAGGGCAGACGUUGCCUCUUACCAGCCCCAGUGGCCACAUCAGUCCCGCCGAACAUUCCUCUUCCAGGGAUAAUAAGGAUGAGGCGAAGCUGGAUUAG